AUGACAAUCACCGAAAACCACAUUGCUAUCCUCGUUUGCGACUGGAGUAUCCCUACCGUUACAGAAAAGUAUGGAGACUUUGGUGAUAAUACCAGAGAUCUACUCGAUGAGGCCGCUAACAAAAACAGAAGCCCAUAUCCUCUCGUCAAGUACCAAGUUGCGUUUCCAGAAGAUGGCGAAGAAGGCAACGAACCAAAAUAUGUCUCUGAAUUAGAGCAAGUUUACAUUAAAUUGAAAGAGGAUAUUGAAUCAGGAAUCGUUAAAGGUGUGAUUUUGACUGGAUCGCGCUGCGAUUCGUUUGUAAGAGACAUUGCCUGGAUCUCUCGUUUGAACCAGUUCAUUCAACAAGUCCUUUUCAACUUGGAAAACUUUCCUAUUGUUGGCAUCUGCUUUGGACAUCAAAUCUUGGGUUUGAACCUUGGUGCCAAAGUUGGCAGAAACUUACCUGAAGUAGGGUGGGAGUGUGGAACUACCACCAUCAACUUGAACAAGGAUAUCUUGUCGGUCAGAGAUUCUCCAUUUGUAAACGUUUUGAAGACAGAAGACGAUAAAUUUCUUGAACACAUCAACUUGGUGGAAUUCCACCAGGACAUUGUCUACGGAUUACCUCCUCCAAAUACAGGUACGGCAACUAAGUUCUUAUCUAUUGGUUCUACGAGCAAGUGCUCGAUCCAGGGCUUAUUGACUGAAGAAGGCCCAUUGAAGGUGCUCACAUUCCAGGGUCAUCCAGAAUUCACUACGCCAAUUGCUCUCGAUCUUUUGAAAUACGAUCAUUCCAAGGGUUUAUUGAAUGAUAACGAAGCAGAGAAAUUCACUUAUAACACUCAAAGCUUGAACAACCAAGGCCCUGUCAUUGGAAAGGUUAUUGAUGAAUUCAUUUCCAUUCACAACACUCACAAACCAUAA